AUGCGUUCUGACUUCUCGAUGUCUCCUCAACGCUUUUCUUUCCUCUUCAACUCGAUACGCUCCAAUUUCCACCCAAAUGAGCAAUCCACCAUCACUUUCGAUACAUUCUACAGAUAUUGGACGUUGAAAGAAGCAUAUCUGAAAGCAAUCGGAGUAGGCUUGGGACAUCCGCGUUAUGAUCCUGGAUCUUUGGAUUUCUCAAACGUUGUGGAUGAAAGAGAAGAUCGAUGGGUCACGCUAGGCGUUAUGAAUGAUGAGAUUAUGGAUGAUUGGCUCUUCUACACCACGAGGAUUGAUGAGUACUAUAUGGUUUCGAUUGCCUGUGGGAGAAGAAGUCGAAUGGAUGAGUCGAUCCGGGAAUUCGGGGAAAUGGAAGAUGUGGAGAUCGAAUGGGAACAUCCAAAAAUAGGAAAUGAUCAUACAAUCGAAUGCGAUUUGUGCAGACUCAAGAUAAAUAUCCAGUUCGUUCACGUUCAACAAUUGUUUUUACCCUCUUGA